UUUGGUUCGGAGAAGACAUAGUUGCAGAUGAAAAUACUCAUGAAACUCUCCCAACCCAAUCCCUCUGAAAGCAAAACGCGAUGAUGGACACUUUGUCUAUAUAGACAACACCUUUCUACCUUCCUUCUCUUCCUCCAUUUAUUAAUUCAGAAAAUUAAAUGGUACGGACACACCCACCUCCUUCAUUUCUACUCAUCUCAAUGAUCCUCUCGCACGGGUUCUAUUUCCAUUUUUAUAUUGUUUUUUAAUUAAUUUCAAUUUCCCAUCAUUUCAUCAUCCAUCACUUUUCUUCAAUUCUAGCUAGCUUCCAUCAAUCAUCACUUUUCCUUAAACAAUCAUAUUCCGGGUACAACUUCCCUUUCACCUCAUCCAUGUUAAAUUCUUAAUUACAUGUCCAGAUUGCUUUCCCAAUUUUAAGUGUCACUGAGAGAAGAAGAACGAAACAUGGCGACGUACUUUCAUGGAAGCGCUUCUGAAAUUCAACCUUCUGCGGAUGGCUUGCAAACGCUUUACCUUAUGAACCCGAGUUACGUGCCCUACCCCGACGCGCCGCACCACCCAACGCUCCUCGUCAAUCCCAACGCGCUCGGACACGCGAGUCUCCCCCACGCGCCGCCAGUGUCGCCUAGUCAGCAACAGCAGCACCACGUGAUUCACGGCGUCACCAACAUCCUCGGAUCCGCCAGCUCAGAGGACCACACGCGACCGUCGCUGUUCGGGGAAAAUAUCGCCGCCUUCCACGGCUUCUCCGCCGCCCCUCGCGUUCAGUAUAACCUGUGGGGCUCGGUGGCUGAUCAACCGGCGACGCCUUCGAGCAGCUCCGGCGGCGGCGGAUUCCGGCGGCCGAGUCAGCAGGGGUUGUCGCUCAGCCUCUCGUCACAGCAAACGGCGUAUAGAACGGUUUCCGGCGAGAUUGACGUCACCGGCCACGGCCUCGUCGGCGGAAUUGGAAACUCUCCGGCGUCGGCGUCGGCGUCGACCGGAGUUAUUUUGGGGUCGAAGUAUUUGAAAUCCGCGCAGGAGCUUCUGGAAGAAGUUGUUAACGUGGGAAAGGGAAUCUACAAAGAGGAAAAAUUCGCAGAGAAGAAAGCGAAUAGAGAAUCUACAAAUUCUGGGGCAGGUGGUGGUGACGGUUCAAGUGGUGGAGGAGAAAACAGUGCAGGAAAACAAGUGGUUGAACUCAGCACUGCUCAGAGGCAAGAACUUCAGAUGAAGAAGUCCAAGCUUGUCACCAUGCUCGAUGAGGUGGAACAAAGGUACAGGCAGUAUCACCACCAAAUGCAAAUUGUAGUAUCAUCAUUUGAGCAGGCAGCGGGUUAUGGGGCGGCAAAGUGUUACACUGCUCUUGCCCUAAAGACUAUCUCGAAGCAAUUCCGAUGCCUUAAAGAUGCAAUCUCUGCACAAAUAAAAGCAACGAGUAAGACAUUGGGUGAAGAUGAUUGCUUAGGAGUUAAAGUGGAAGGGUCGAGGCUUAGGUUUGUUGAUCACCAUCUUCGCCAACAAAGGGCACUGCAACAGCUUGGAAUGAUUCAGCCCAAUGCAUGGAGGCCACAGAGAGGCUUGCCUGAACGAGCUGUUUCCAUUCUUCGUGCUUGGCUUUUUGAGCAUUUCCUUCACCCCUAUCCAAAGGACUCGGAUAAAGUUAUGCUUGCUAAACAAACUGGACUUGCUAGGAGCCAGGUCUCAAACUGGUUCAUUAAUGCCCGAGUUCGGCUGUGGAAGCCAAUGGUUGAAGAAAUGUACUUGGAAGAAAUAAAGGAUCAUGAACAAACAAAUGGUUCAGAAAACACCAGAUCAAAAGAAUCGAACAAAGAGAUGGGUUCAAACGCAAAUGUUGCACCAGAAUCUAGUGCCAUUAAACUCGAUCAUCUCCAAUCAAAGCAAGAAAGCUUCAACAACCAAAACACUUCUCCAACCGAGUUCUCAACAAACUCUUCCGUGGGAGGAUCCCUUCAAUCCCACUCUGGUUUCCAUCUUGCAGGAUGUUCUGACAUGCAAAGAAGUCCAAACAAACCAAGAAGUUCAGAAAUAUUGCAAAACUCUCCAAGUAGUAUUCUUUCGGUGGACAUGGAAAUGAAGCAUGGAGAUCAUGCAAAUACUAGAGAAUCCAACACAAGGUUCGGCAUUGAAAGGCACAACAAAGAUGGAUACCCUUUGAUGAAUGGCAAUGCAAACAAUGGUGGUGGUUUUGGAGCCUUCACCAUGGACGACAUUGGAAGCAGAUUCAAUGUCACUACUGAGCAACUAGCUUCAAGGUUACAUGGAAAUGGUGUUUCACUCACACUAGGACUUCCACACGAUGAGAACCUCUCUAUCUCAGGAACUCAACAUGGAUUUCUCUCGCAGAAUAAUAUUCCUUUGGGAAGGAGGCUUGAGAUGGGAACGAAUGGAAAUGAGUUUUGUGCUAUCAACACUACUCCACCACCUUCUUCUCACUCUGGUACCACUUAUGAGAGCAUUGACAUUCAAAACAGAAAGAGGUUUGUUGCUCAGUUAUUGCCAGAUUUCGUGGCCUAAGAACUGAUGUCUAUCUAGCUAGCUAGCAAAAAUAUUCGAUAGUUUAUGAGAAAAAUGAUCUUAGAGUUAUGAGUGUUUCUCUAAACACGCUAAUUAACUUGGCAGAAGACUUGGCUAGCUACCCAAGAAAAGAAAUCGAGAGGUAUAUAUAUAUGUUGUUUUCACAUACAAAGUCACUAGUCAUGAAUUGUACCGUCAUUAUUCUGGUAUACUGAAAUUCCUGCAUGUAAAGAUUGGAUAGUAGUAUAGGAUUAUACUUGCAGAAAUUUAAGUUAGCUUAAUAAUUAUAGGAUUUAUAAUGUUGGGGAGGGUAUAUAUAUUGUAUAUGGUGUUGGAUGUAGCCAGUUACGUACUAGGAUUUGAAUGAUUUCGAUCUUGAGAGUUAUUUGGGUAUAGAAGAAUAAGCAUUGUUUUGCUAAAUUAAUUAUUCCUCCAUGUAAUUUUUGUUUCAUGUGCAUUUGCAUUUGCAUUUGCCUUUGAUAUAACUAGUGGGUGAAAGUGGAAAAUCGUGGAAGACAUGCAUGAGAGGGAAUAUAUGGAAGUGCGUAAUAUUUGGACGCUUUCAUUCAUACAGUUAUAGAGUAAGAUAAUUGAGUGAAUUAUAGAUUUCA